AUGUCGUUUAAACCCUUUCUCAACAACAAAAUCCCAAACCCUAAUUUCCCUUCUCCGCCAUUGAAGACCUGGCUCAACUCCAACAUGGUCCUCGCCAUGCAGCUUAACUCCCUCACUGACCCCAAUUCCAAAACCCUAAUCCCCAAUUUCGACUUAACACUUCUUCUCUCCGACGAAAUUCUCCUCAAAAUCAUCUCCAAACUUCCGAAUUCUCAAAGCAAAUCGAACUCACUUGUUUCAAAACGGUGGUUGAAUCUCCAAGGAAGAUUAAUUCGUUCGUUGAAAAUCUUCGAUUUGAAUUUCGUUUUAUCAGGUAGGUUAAUUCAUAGAUUCCCUAAUCUUACUCAUGUUGACUUGGUUCCUGCGACUUUCGUUGUUUAUCCUCAAAAAGGUGCCGUUUUGGUUAGUCACCGUGUAGUUUCAAUGCGGGUUGACACUGGGUGGUGUUUUGGGUUUAACAAGGAAGGGAAAAGUUUGUUACCGGUUGAAGCAAUUGAUAAGGGGCUCAAAGAGGUUGCGAAAGGGUGUCCGAAUUUACGGAAGUUGGAGGUAACGGGUGGGAGUGAAGAGGGUUUGGUUAGUAUUGGGGAAGAGUGUGUUACAUUGAUGGAACUGGAGUUGCAUAAAUGUAACGAUAAUGUUUUGCGUGGGGUUGCGGCGUGUAGGAAUUUACAAGUUGUGAAGUUGAUUGGGAGUGUUGAUGGGUUUUAUGGAUCGGUGGUUUCGGAUAUUGGGUUGACUAUUUUGGCACAAGGGUGUAAGAGGUUGGUGAAAUUGGAGCUUGUUGGCUGUGAAGGUAGUUUCGAUGGGAUUAAAGCGAUUGGGUCGUGUUGUUUGAUGUUGGAAGAAUUGGUUUUUGUUGAUCAUAGAAUGGAUGAUGGGUGGUUAGCGGGUGUUUCGUUUUGUGAGAAUUUGAAGACUUUGAGGUUUGUGUCAUGUAAGGUGAUUGAUGGUAAUCCUGGAUUGGAGGAACAUUUAGGGUUUUGUGUUGCACUUGAAAGUUUGCAUUUUCAGAAAUGUCAGCUGAGGAACAAGAAUACGACGGGAGCUGUUUUUUCAGUUUGUAGGACUGCUAAGGAGGUUGUUCUUCAAGAUUGUUGGGGGUUGGAUGACGGUGUUCUCCGUUUGGCUGUUGUUUGCAGGCGGGUAAAACUGUUUGACAUAGAAGGAUGCUCAUUGCUUACAACAGAAGGUUUAGAGUCGGUCAUUGAAUCAUGGACUGAUCUCGAGUGCCUUAGAGUCGUCUCUUGUAAAAACAUAAAAGACAGCGAUAUCUCUCCUGCACUCGCAACCUUAUUUACGACUCUCAAAGAGUUGAAAUGGAGGCCAGAUACAAAACAUCUUCUGCCAUCUAAGGAGGUAAACAUGGGAAAAAAAGGCGGUAAAUUUUUCAAAUGA